AUGGGUAAUGUUAUACGUAAGAAGACCGAAUACAAAAUUGGACAAGCUAGUCUGUUUUAUUGGGCAUGCAAAGAAGGUGAUAUAGCAGCAGUUCGCCAAAUGCUCCCAAACAUGACCUACGAACAAGUUAAUCAACUUGAGCCUCUCGGAAGUACAGCCCUUCAUGCAGCCGUAUUCUAUAAUCACCCACAUAUUGUUCGACUGCUACUCGAAAAUGGAUGUUCACGUACAACUCUGAAUCGUCAUGGAGCCACAGCAUAUGAAGAAGCAUCUACUGAGGAAAUUCGAGCAUUAUUCAAUCGACCUGCAUCAGACAGAUUCGUCGAUGAGCACAUGACCCAAACAUUUCAACUGGUCAACCCCAAGGGUAACAGUGUUGACAUGAAAGAUGGCAUACCAGAUGAUUGGUUCAAAGGUCACACAACAGCAAACACAGCUUACGAAUCACAGUUCAUGCAUGCAGUAGCAGAUUCGUCAGGCGUAUUCAAGAAACUGGUUCAGAAUCGAAUAGAAGCAGAGAGUAAGGAGCAGCUUGAACAGCUCGUGUCAAGAACGAUUACAAAUGAUCAUCAACAGUAUGAAAAUGCAAAGAGGCUACAUGAAAAAGUCAGGAAGAAGUCAGAUAUGUCAUCUCUUCUUACAAUGUACACCCUUGAGACCCCAUUCUACCGUACUUUACAAAACGAGGCUGAUUCAUUUGCAACCCUGAUUUAUUUACAUUUGGCAGAACUGAAAGAUCGUGCUUACAAGGGUCGAGCAUACCGAGGUGGGCGAAUGACGGAGAAUGAUAUUCGAGCCUAUCGUUGGGCACUACAGCGACCAGAACAAGUUCUCGAAACUCGCACUAUACAAUCCAUGUCUUUGAACGAAUCUGUUGCUCGAAGCUUUAUCCAGCCAGAGCGACAAAGACAUGAUCGUCGAAAUCGAGUAAUGCUGAUCUUCGAUUUCUCAGAGACCUGCCCGACUGCGAUCAAUUUAAAUAGGAUCUCGGAAAAGUUACCAGCAUUAUCAGCUCAUCAAGAUGAAGAAGAAGUGCUUCUAUUACCAUUCACUUUGUUUUCUGUCAGAGAAAUCAAAGUCGACUCUAAAAAUGGUGAAUAUCGUAUCACCCUCACUUACGUACCAACUCCAAAAGUAGCAGCUGUAACGAUCGCGCACAAUUUAAAAGAGUAA